GACAACGAAGCCCAGAAUCUUGUUUCUGCGAUCGUCACAUUGUGUCUGGGUCUUCCACGGGCUAACGAGCAUCUUUUAGCCAGUCUGAUUAUGUUGUUUUCCGAAUCGUCCUCCGUGGAUACUGCAAUUGAUGUGGAAAAUUUACCGAAACAAACAGCCACCCGUGCCGAUCUGUUCCUGGACAAGAACAGCACUAUGCGAAAAUCCUUUGUGAAUUGGCUAGUGCAGUCAGAUGCAGUAUGUGCGAACUCGGAUGAUUCGGCUGAUGCCGAGGUGCGCUCCUAUAUUGGUGUUCUCAGAUGUCUUUUGAAUAAAUCCUGA